CAACAACACGUGUACUUCAACGACGACGUCUUUUUAAACGAAGAUGUUUACCCCGAGGAUUUUUACACGAGGAACCGUGGGUUUAAAAUCUACACUGCGUGGGGGGCUGCGGAUUGUGCACGGAAAUGCGAUUGGAAUCACAUUGGCAAUGGCAAAUGCGAUGUGGAGUGCUUCAACGCCGAAUGUGAUUUUGACACGGCGAUUGUAAUGGGGCUGAUGGUAGUAUCAUUGGCACAACGAACACAUCACCUAAUGAGUAAUAUCAUUCCGCCUUCUUAUUCGCCAUUCCUAGCACAAACACGCAACCAACUAUACACAAACGCAUCAAUCGAUGACUACCCAGCGCUUAGCGAACGGAUUAAACGUUAUAACAACGAACAAAUCAAACGGCAGAAAUUGCUGCGUAUUUAUCAACGCGAGAAUGAAUAUUUUCACACGCGUACUAUGAAUAGACUUGUCGCAACGUUAUUUCCUGGCGAGCAGGAACCUACAGAAGAUUUAGGACGCCACGGUGAGGCGGCACGGAAAGAUCUCUAUUCUUCGUCGUUAAUUUUCACGCAGAUGUUGUUAAGUCGCACGUUUGGUUUUCAACGGAGGAAUGUCAUUGCUCAUGCGCCGAUUAUGAUCGACCGAAAAAUCAUGGCCGAAGUACAAGAGCGUUACCCCAUAGAAUUUGCAAAAACAAUUGCUAGUAAAUUUCGUAAUGAGAAUAAUCUGCAAAUUGCCUUCGUAUACUCUUACUAUCUGUCUCUGGCUAAAGCUGAGAAGAGAAUGGCGGAGAUUUUCGAUGAGUACGACACUGACCACUCUGGCACGUGGUCAGAUAGGGAAAUCCAUACGCUUCUUACACGUAUUUAUCCUUUGCCGUUAAAAAUCGAGGUAGUAUUGGAGUUCCAACACUUGCUGAAUAAUUGCACGGAAUCUUUAACUGAAUCUGAGCGUGAGAUUGAAUUGCAACGACCGACUCCGAGAUAUGAGCGAUACGUUGAUUCAUUACUGAGUGUUGUCACCAAAAAGAUGGUUAUCCAUUGUGCAGCAUUGCGGGCCAUGCUGAAAAACCACGAAGGAGUGACGCAUCGAGGAAAAUACCGCCAUGAGUUUGUAGAGGCCACCGAACAUGUUAGUUUUAAUCAGUUGCACUCGGUGGCAACCGCCGCUUUGAAUACAUUGAAUAGUAUUCGAAAAACACCAAGAAAAUUUGUUUGUAUUAACGAUGAUCUUGACCGAACCAAUGCGACACGUUUAGACAACGAAUUAUUGCUGACGCUGCUAGAAGAUUUGUUUGUAAGUUUAUUUCCAAUGCCAUCACGCUUCGAAUUGCCGCUGGAAUACCGCAAUCGUUUCGCAAGAAUGGAAGAGCUGCGCAUGUGGCAAAAAUGGCGGUGGCGGUGGCGAGGCGACUUGACUGCUUCCUUUUCUCUUUCGUAUUUCUUUGUCAUAGCAGCUAUUUUUGUGUUAGUUGUGUUGGUGGCCGUGUUUCGUAUUAUUUCCAUGUCCUGGGGUCGAUUAAGAUUUGUGACGUUUGUACAGUUGAAAAUAAAUACAAAAGAAACUUCUUAAUACUUA